ACAAGCUUUACAUAUAUGUCCUAGGAUCCAUUCUUACUCUCCUGCUCAAGAGUUCAACUUCUCUCUCUCUCUCUCUCUCUCUCUCUCUCUCUCUCUCUCUCUCUCUCUCCCUUCACCAAAGGAUGAGUGUCCAGAUAAAUCAUCCUUGACCUUGCCUCUUAUCCUUGAUGAGGGACAACAUGAGCCUGCAAGCAAUAAGGUAGAACAAGUAGAGUCUAACUUUCAUCAUGAAUCUACAGCUACAACCUCUUUUCUCAAAACCUUUUUCAAUGGACUCAAUGCGCUGUCAGGAGUAGGGAUACUCUCAGUUCCUUAUGCAUUAUCAUCAGGCGGAUGGUUUAGCCUGAUACUUCUUUUCGCAAUCGCCGCUUCAUGCUUUUAUACAGGCUUGCUAAUUAAAAGAUGCAUGGAUAUGGAUUCUAGUAUCAGAACUUAUCCGGAUAUCGGCGAACGUGCAUUUGGGAACAAGGGAAGGAUAUGGUUGUCAUUUGUCAUGAACAUAGAACUCUACUUAAUUUCAACAGGUUUACUGAUUUUGGAAGGGGACAACUUGCAUAACAUAUUUCCAGGCGUGGAAUUGGAAGUGGCUGGUUUAAGAAUUGGUGGAAAAUAUUGCUUUAUAGUUGUUGUUGCCCUUAUUAUUCUCCCAACAGUUUGGUUAGAUAACUUGAGCCUUCUUUCUUAUGUCUCUGCAAGUGGGGUUUUAGCCUCUGCAAUCAUCCUUGGUUCAAUUCUGUGGAUUGGUUCUUUCGAUGGAAUUGGAUUUCAUCAAGCGGGGUCACCAGUUAACUGGAAUGGAAUCCCUACUGCUGUUAGCUUAUAUGCCUUUUGUUAUUGUGCUCAUCCAGUGUUCCCUAUCUUGUACACUUCAAUGAAAAACAAGCAUCAGUUCUCCAGUGUCCUCCUCCUCUGCUUUAUCCUAUGCACCAUUACUUAUGCAUCAAUGGCAGUUUUUGGCUACCUAAUGUUUGGUUCAACGGUUCAAUCACAAAUAACUUUAAACCUCCCAACUCGAAACGUUAGCUCAAAAGUCGCCAUAUUCACGACCCUGGUGAAUCCAAUAUCCAAAUAUGCUUUGAUGGCUACUCCAAUCGUGAAUGCUGUCAAGAAGAAGUUUCCAAGUCACUACAAUAAAAGGUUCAUUGGCCUAUUAGUCAGCACUACCUUAGUAAUCAGCACUGUAAUAGUAGCUUUGGCUAUACCCUUUUUCGGGUCUCUCAUGUCCUUGAGUGUGACAGGUUCAAUUGUAUUCCCAUGCUUUUGCUACCUGAAACUUUCAGGUACGUAUCGAAGAUUCGGAUGUGAGGUGUUGAUUAUAGGGUGCAUAUUACUACUAAGUGCUGCAGUUAUUGUAUUUGGCACUUACACUGCUCUAGUAGAAAUAAUAGGGAGCUUGUGAGUCGUACCAAUGACGUCUUUGUUGAUAGUUUUCUCGUUCUUUCCUCUGUUUUUUUUCUUCUUUUGGGAUAGUGUAUGGUGAUUGAUUAGUGAGUUUUAAAACAA